CGUCACGGCGGACACGCCCAGCCUCUUCCUCUCGCUGCUGCUGCUGCUGCGAGUAAAGUCGGAAACAAGUUCAACCGCAUCUUUUAUGUACCGUUAGCCGAAUACCGUUACUCUGCUACCGAGCCAAAGCAAGGUAGCCAGACAGGAGAAACUGAAAACAUGGCGAAAACGUACGAUUAUCUGUUCAAACUGCUACUUAUCGGAGACAGCGGGGUGGGCAAGACGUGCCUGCUGUUUCGGUUCAGUGAGGACGCGUUCAACACCACCUUCAUCUCCACUAUAGGGAUUGACUUUAAAAUCAGAACAAUUGAGCUGGAUGGGAAGAAGAUCAAGCUUCAGAUCUGGGAUACAGCCGGACAAGAGAGGUUCAGAACCAUAACCACUGCUUAUUAUAGAGGAGCAAUGGGAAUUAUGCUGGUGUAUGAUAUCACAAAUGAGAAAUCAUUUGAGAACAUCAAGAACUGGAUCAGGAACAUUGAGGAGCAUGCAUCAUCAGAUGUGGAACGGAUGAUAUUGGGUAACAAAUGUGACAUGAAUGAUAAGAGACAAGUUUCAAAAGAAAGAGGGGAAAAGCUAGCUAUUGAUUAUGGAAUCAAGUUCUUGGAAACCAGUGCAAAAUCUAGCACAAAUGUGGAAGAGGGCUUUGUCACUCUUGCUAGAGACAUCAUGACAAGAUUAAACAGAAAAAUGAAUGAGAAUAACCCUUCAGGAGGAGGAGGAGCCGUGAAAAUCACAGAGAGUCGAUCCAAGAAGCCAAGCUUCUUCCGCUGCACUCUGCUCUAACCCGGCAGCUUCUGCAGCCUCAGUGUGUGAAUGAUUCAUUUCUCUAUGUGUGUUUGAGCUCAGCGCGUGUGUGUUUAUGUGAGGGUUUACCGUACCACUGGACUUUCAGCUGUUAGCUGCUGCUGAGAGCUCUGGACUUUAGCCUGCCUCAUCUAUAUGAAUUGAAGGCCUGAAGAUAGUGUGCUAGAUAAAAGACACUUGAGCUGUUCCCAAAACAUUCCUUUAAAACCAAAAUAUCCAACACUCUACCCAUUAACCACCUGGAUCAAUCCCAAUUUAGCGUAGCCUAAUUUGAAUUUUGAGAACCUUUAGUUAUCUUCAAAAUAAUUAAUUACAUAUAGUCAAUUUAUUGUCACGUUGAUUUUAAAGGGUUUGUUAAAGCACCAUUUAAUGAAGGAAAAUAUAUGAAGAGAUUACAGUAUAUCGAACUCCUGCUAUUAUGCAGUUUUUGGCAAUAAAGAUUGUGGACGUAAAGUAGCGACUGAAGAACCUGAUGGUUUGACAAUCAAAUAUUGGUCAAACAGAAGGACAUGCAAUAUAUAUAUAAUUUCUGUUACUAUUGAAUGUUAUGUUUUAUAUUUAAAGUCACCAUUUUAUAUGUUCUUAAUUUAGUUUUUAGUUACUGUUCCAAAGCCGCAAUAAACUGUAAUAGAAAGCAAUGUUCACAGAUCUUAGUCUUCCCCCUUUCCCCGACUUUACCAUAUUAAUCUUAAUUUUAACAGAGACCAAAGUAAAAAGAUAUCGAAACUGUGAUGGAUUUCUUUUUUGGUUGUAAUCUCUCAUAUAUUAUAUUGAGCAUGAAAAAGAAAGACAGAAGAAUAAAGAGAGGGCUAGGACCCGUUUCCUAUUGCUUGUUGAAGCAGCAGCCAGCUAGGCCCUGUAUAUUAGUAUAUACAGUAUUACAUUUACUAACGGUAU